AUGGCUAGUGAGGAGAGUUUUGUGGUUUUGGUGCACCACAGAGGAUCUGUUAAUAGAAAAACUCGUUCCGGAGUAAAGUUCACAGAUAAGAAUCCUCUAUGUAUUAUCGUAACUUCUACGACGAGUUAUGAUGACCUUGUUAGCGCUGUACUAAUGAAGCUCGGUCUGGAAGGUGCGAAGCGGGUAAAGAAGUUUUUCUAUCACAUUCCAGUCACGGUGCUACAGAAUACCGUGAAGUAUGAUUGCUUCACGAUUAAUAAUGAUGUGGACUUGCAAGUAAUGUUUCUUUGUCGGCGGCAGUUUCUGGAGGUGAGGACACCAGAGUUGUUGGCACGGCUGGUUGAUGUGGUAUCCAGCUCCGGCGGUUCGAACAGGAAUACGAACACUAUAGCGAAUCCAGCAGGUUCUAGUUCCCGGCCUGCCGUUGCUUCCUCCUCCGUCCCUGUGUACGAACCAGUGGUCCAACCUGUCGCCUCCCCGUCUUUUGCUGUUGACCUCAAUGGCACCGAAGGCGACGAGGUAGUGGAAAGGGAAAAUUUGCCGAACGCUUUAGUGGGAGUUGCACCUGUUGGCGUUGGAGACGGUUUUUUGGGUGAUGAAGAGGAGGAUGACGUCGAGCCGGAUAUGAUUGACGAUGACAGCGCUGAUGAUAUUGGAGCGAAUGGGCCUGCAUUGGCGGUAGGUGGUUCUAGCUCUGGCACACAGCAGUAUCCACCACAUUUUUCCUCGUUGGACUUGGACGCCAUGAGACAUGAGGGGGUUUUAGGGCACGCUGUUGGAUUCGGAGCUAGAGAUGCGGAAGGGACUGCUGGUCUGACAGAGUUCCAGGUUGGUCAGCAAUUCCAGGAUAAAGAUGAGGCCCUUUUAAGUGUGAAGACUUACAGCAUCCGGCGAGGGGUAGAGUACAAGGUGGUGGAGUCCGAUCACCGGCGGUAUGUGGGCAAGUGUUCCGAGUUUGGGAAUGGGUGCACAUGGUUGAUUCGACUGAGUCUCCGGAAGCGCAAGGGCAUUUGGGAGGUCAAACGGUACAAUGGACCUUGCCUGGCCACAUCCAUCUCGCCUGGCCACAUCCAUUUGGAUUAUCAUGUGACCACAGGAGUUUGGAUUAUCAUGUGA